AAUUUGUUCUUGCAUACCCACAGGUUACCUUAUAAGGUGCUGUUUAUCUCCCUUAUAUAGCCUUGUUCUGGUGCUUAGAAUUACCUGAAAAUCCACAAGACAGGCUAGCCAGAUCUCAGAGGAGUCCAUCCAGCACACCAAAAUACUGCAGAUCUGCUGCCUAAUUCAUUGCAACCAUGAGUAAGAAUGCUGAUGAAGAUCAGGUCAAAGAUAGGCUGGAGCAGCUGAGAUGUCACUUUACAUGGAAGUUGCUAAUCGAAGACACUGAAAUUACCGAUUUAGAAAACAGGGUUUUCGAUGAGAUUGAAUUCCUAGACAUCAAAUACAACGUGGGAAUUCACAACCUACUGGCCUAUAUAAAGCACCUGAAAGGCCAAAAUAAGGAAGCCCUGGAGAGCUUGAAAGAAGCUGAAACCUUAAUCCAGCAAGAACGUACCAACCAAUCGAACACAAAAAGGCUGGUUACCUGGGGCAACUAUGCCUGGCUGUAUUACCACAUGGGCAGCCUGGGAGAAGUCCAGAUUUAUCUGGACAAAGUGGAAAACACUUGCAAGAAGCUUGCCAGUCCCUCCUGCUGUAGACUGGAGUGUCCUGAGAUGGACUGUGAGGAAGGAUGGGCCUUGCUGAAAUGUGGAGGAAAGAAUUACGAACGAGCCAAGGCCUGCUUUGAAAAGGCUCUGGAAGCGGACCCUGAAAACCCUGAAUUCAACACUGGGUAUGCGAUCACCAUGUUUCGUCUGGAUAGCUUUCACAAAGAAACGCAGUUUAAAGAGGCAUUUUCUCUACACCCCCUAAAACAGGCCAUCAGGCUAAAUCCGGAAGAUGCAUAUAUUAAGGCUCUCCUUGGCCUGAAGCUUCAGGAUGUAGGAGAACAAGCUGAGGGACAAAAGUACAUUGAAGAAGCACUGACCAAAAUGUCGUCGCAGACCUAUGUCUUUCGCUAUGCAGCCAUGUUUUACCGAAGAAAAGGCUCUGUGGAUAAAGCGCUUCAGCUCUUAAAAACUGCUUUGCAGGCAACACCCUCUUCUGCCUUCCUUCAUCACCAGAUAGGGCUUUGCUACAGAUCACAAGUUCGUCAAAUAAAGAAAACUGCAAAAUGGCAGCCUAGAGGACAGGAUAGAGAAAAUGUCAAUAGAAUAACAAGAUUAGCCAUAUUUCAUUUUGAAUUCACACUGAAACAAAAGCCCACAUUUGAGAUAGCUUACAAACACCUGGCAGAUAUGUACAUAGAAGCAGGCAACUAUGAAAAAGCUGAAGACACUUAUCAAAAAGUGUUACGCCUGAAAAAACUUGACAAAGAAGUUCUGCAAGAAAUAUAUUUCUACUAUGGCCAAUUCCAGGAAUUUCAAAGGAAAUCUGAAAUCGAUGCAAUUAUCUAUUAUUUAAAAGCAAUAAAAAUAGAAAACCAGUCAUAUUCAAGAGAUAAAAGUAUCAGUUCUUUGGAGAAAUUGGUUUUAAGGAAACUUCGGAGAAAUGGAUCAGACAUAGAAAGCUUGAGCAUCCUCGGGUUCAUCUACAAAUUGAAAGGAGAAAUGAAUGAAGCCUUGGAGUAUUACGAGCAGGCCCUAAAGCUGGCUGCUGACUUUGAGAGCUUUGUGUGACAUGAUUGCUCGGUGCUGAACUAGGGACCACUUUCACAGUUCAUUUGAUUUUAGGUUAACAUGUACAACUGAUCUUUUUGCUUACUGCUUUCGGAAACAUAUUAUGUAAAUCACUGUGAUGAUGUAAUUUUUGAACAAUUACUCAAACCUGAUAAUAUAUUAGUUGUAUUCAGAAAAUAGUGAAGUAGAAUAGAUAUGUCUGUGUGUGUGAGGGAGAGGAAGAGAGAAACCAUUUCUCUGUGAAUGUUAUAUAGUAGAAAGAACAGUUUGUUAAGUAGAUUUGUAGCAAAUAAAGUACUGCGCUUACAUAAAAUAAAUUGUCCAAUUCAUUCAUUUAGUCAACAAAUAGUUUUCAGUGCUAGAUAUCAAAAAUAGUAUGGUGAUAUAAAGAAAUUUCUUUUCCUCCACCCAUCUUAGGUUUAUAGACCGGAGCCCCAUAAAUUGGACUAACAAAAGACAAAUUAACCAGAGAUAAACAGACAAAAGUUCAUUAACGUGUACAUCUCACAUAGACAUGAGAGUACCCAGUGAUGAGUACCUCAAAGGGGUGGUUAGAACUUGGGCUUAUAUAGAUAGCAUCUUAACAAAUGAAUGAUACAUUUUUAGAGAAGUGAUAAAAGGAAAAGAACCUUGAGUUUCUAAGAAGGCAAAUUGUAGAAAGGUAAAUUAUGGAGAAAGCUAAUGGAAGAUAACUGCUAGUUACUAAAAUUUAUUACAUAGAUUCCUUUAGUAGUGACUCUGUGAGAUAAAGGCCUGGAGUUAUCUCAGAUGAUUAACUCUGUCUUUUCUGGAAGAGAAAGGAGAGGGGACACCUUCACAAAUUUAUGUCCUGCAUUAGGUAGAUAGGAGGAUGGCAGACAGCCUUUCUUAUAUCUGCUUCUUUUCGACUGCCUUCAGCUCAAAGUAAUUCUUAUGCCAAUGUAGCAUACCUGGGGGUGGCAUAUUCUGCUUCCCUUCAAUGAAAGAAGUAGACAUUUUCUCCAAACCUCAUGCGCUUUAACAGUCUACUGAGAGAGACAGACCGUAAAACGAAUACUCAAUUAAAAUUCUGCUUUCUCCAUGAAGAUUUUUGAAAUUUAAUUCAUUGUCAAUUGUUCCAAGCAGUUCUCUUGUUUUGUGCCAGUUUAUUUGAAGCGCUAUUUAUUCAGUCAUUUGCUAGUAUUGAUCUAGUUAAAUCAAGAAAUGUGAAACAGAUACUAAAUGAAAGGAGAGACCAUCUGUGGCAAUCACCUUUGAUUAUGCCAUUUCAUUAAAAGGCAAUGAACAAUAAAUAAUACUUUAAAAAGAAAAAAA